CAUCGAUCAUUCAGUCAACAUUUGAAGUUCACUAAAAUAAUUGGUCUCAUUUAUCUCAAAUGGUGCGAGUCGAUUUGAGGCUAAAGUACAAAACUGAUUUUAACAGUCAGACACAAUCGACAACAUCAUUGUUACCAGAGUUAAGUUUUGAAGAGGUUGAAGAAUACUUUUCCGAAUUGUGGUCUGAACAAAUGCCUAGUAAUGAAAUUGUAAAUGGAAAAAAUUGUAAUCCUUCAACUUCAGCCGAAAUGUAUCCUCAGAUACUGUCAUCAUCCUCAUCUGAUGAACACUUGUGCAAUAACAGAAAUCAUUUCUCAACAAACCGGCUAUCUAUUUCCCUGACAAAUGCAGUCAACCAUAGAAUGAAUUUGGUGGAGAAUAAACGGAGAAGACGAUGGAAAACUAUGGCACGUUCCAUGAUUCCUAAGGAACAAUUUUUCAUACCUUGAACUAACUAUCAUUUUUACUAUGAGAUAUAUUACUACUGUAUAGUAUUUACCUUUCAAGCAUUUGUAAUGAUAUCUUGGUGUAUUAUGUUUAUAUGUUUUCAAAUGCAUCAUUGUUAAUGGAUGCACAACACAGAAACCAAUAUUUUACUCUUUUUGUGUCAAAUAUAUAGUUAUUUUAUUAUUCUCA